AGCCGUAGCCAGGUGGGAGUUGUAAGUGUUUGUUUCAGUCUCUCUCUCACUGGUUCUCUCGCCAUAAUUGUAAAUAGCCGAUUGAAAAUUCAAGUUAAAAGAGGAGAGAGAGAGAGAGAGAGAGAGAGAGAGAGAGAGAGAGACGGUGGUGGGGAAGGUGUAGCAGACUAGCAGUGGCCGAUGGAUGGCGGAGAAGGGUGGCCUAUGGUAAGUUGCGCCGGUGGUGCGCAGGAAAAGUCUGUAUUGACUCAGAUAAUGUUGAGAUUCCGACCGAUUGCGCCGAAGCCGGUCGCCAGCGGAUCAGGUUCGGGUGAGCAACCGGCAGGUGAGAGUAAAGUGCGUGGUUUGAGGGGGAUAAAUAAGAGAAAGUACGUUAGGGUUCGCAAGGAUAAGGAAAAUGGAAAAGAAAGGGAGGAGCGUAAGCGCGUUGUGACUCUGCAGCUGUUGCCGGAGAUCGAGAAGAGCAGCGAUGGCGGCAACCACUUGACGGAACUCGGAUCUAGUUGUCGUGAGAUUGAUUCUACUAUUGAGGAAAAUUAUAGUCAGUGGUUGAGCCUUAGUAAGAUCGGAAGAGAAAAUAACAUGGGGGCUGAUGAUUCGGCGGUGGAUCAGACGGCGGUGGUGGAGCGGAUGGGUAGAGUGGAGUCGUGGGUGACGGUCGAGUGUGUGACAGGGACAUGCAGGAAGGUUCAACCUCCUCAAGGGUUUGGAAUCAUCAGUACAGACGAGGAGAGAAUGAGGAGUCUAGAGGUUGAUUCGUGUCCUGGGUUUAUUUCCGACAGUUGGAACAAGGUUCGGUGGCUUAACGGACCAUUCAGGAGGAUGGUGGCGAUGACGUGGCAGGUGCCGGAAGUAGCAGUGUGGUUAGCGAUGAACGAGGAGCUGCCUGGUACACACUCGGCGUUUACAUGCCAGGUGAAGCUGAGUUUCACUGCGGGUAACAACGAGAAGGAGAAGUACUGUUCCUACUCGCAAAUGGUGCCUUGUGAUUUGUGGAGAAUGGACGGCGGAGGAUUUGCAUGGAGGCUGGACGUUAGAGCUGCUCUAACUCUGGCCGUUGAUUCAACUCCACUAUAUAUCAAAGAAGAACGUUAGGCGGACCGUGUUCUUAAAAGCCGAGCUGAUCAGGUUAAGUUCAUUUGGACGGAAGAGGCGGCUUGUGUGGAUUUGAAGAAAUGAAAUAAUUGAACUGGCGAUGAGUACUGAACAUGAUUGAUGGAUUUAAGUGUGUAUAUGUCAAUAUUAUGUAUGCAUUGACGGCAAGGAUCGAUAGAUUGAAAAGUUUCUUAGGCAAGCAAGCGAAACUGAUCUUCACGAUAAAUAUUAAGCUAUUAACUAGCUAGAAGGGGAGUGUUGAAGUAGUACCCAAGUUUCUGCUGGAAAUCGAAAAUCUGAACAGAUUAGCAUAUAUAUUUGCUGCAAGGGCGAACUUGAACGUACAUAGUCCAAGUAGACUAGGAGUCGAUCGAGAGUGGUGCUACUUUGUGUUAAGCUUCAUUCCACUGAUUCCAGGCGAAUUGAUCCAUCGACGCUGGGGGUUAUUCCGGAAAAUGAGGCAUAUAUAUAAUCUGGAGAUGGGGAACAAUUUGAAUACCAGGCGUUCAUGUACGUACUCUUUCAACUCCGGUGUGUAUGCAAUCAAGUACGUUCUUCUUUUACUCAUGCAGUAUUCAACAUCUUGAUAAUAUAUUCUAUCAUAUGUCUCUCUAAGAUGUAAUUAAUUAAUUAGUAGCAGAUUUCUGAUGAAAUUCUCCUUCUAU